ACACUUAACCCUUUCUCCAUUUCUUUCUUUCAAUCGGAACUAAAGAGUGACAGUUCUAAUAGUUUUUCACACACAAAAAUAGAGAAAACCCAAUCUAUAUAUUGAUUUAGUUCAUAAAAGAGCAACAUAAAAAGAAAAAAUGGUGAGAGCACCUUGUUGUGAAAAGAUGGGAUUGAAGAAAGGGCCAUGGGAUCAUGAAGAAGACCAAAUUCUCAUUUCUUACAUUCAAAAAAAUGGCCAUGGUAAUUGGCGCGCGCUUCCUAAACAAGCUGGACUAUUGAGAUGUGGAAAAAGUUGCAGACUCAGGUGGAUGAAUUAUUUGAGUCCAGAUAUAAAGAGGGGAAAUUUCACCAAAGAAGAAGAAGAUAAUAUCAUCCAUUUACAUGAAGUUCUUGGCAAUAGAUGGUCAGCAAUAGCAGCAAGAUUACCGGGAAGAACGGAUAAUGAAAUAAAAAAUAUUUGGCAUACUCAUUUGAAGAAAAGGCUAAAAAAUUAUCAGCCUCCUCAAAACUGCAAAAGACACUCCAAGAAGAUUAAUGAAAUAAAUAGUUUCGUGCAUGCUCCUAACUCGCCACAAAUAUCGUCUAGCCAAAUGUCAGCCGUGACAUCCGAUUCAUUGUCAUCGAUCGUUGCCCCGAGCAUGACAAUCGACGAUCAGAAUAAACAGGAAGAAAUCGACUCAUCGGAGUAUUUUAGCAAGAUCGACGAGAGUUUCUGGGAUGAAUUAGCAAUGGACAACAACUCCAAUUUUGUUACUACUAUGGCUGGUGAAGGAUUUCAAAGUUGUGACAUGUUUGAUGGUAGAACAAGAUUAGAGGAUGAUAUGGACUUUUUGUUCAACUUUUUCAUAAAGGCUGAGGAUUUGACAGAAUUACCAGAACUUUGAGGGGUCAAUUUUGGAUUUCAUCAUAAAUUGGGAGUCGACAAGUUUGAAAUUUCAUUUGUUUUUUCUUGACCAAAUAAGGACCACCAAAAUUUUGAAGUUAGUGCUUUUCAGCUAGGAUAUUCUUUUAUUAUUUAGUAUUACUCUUUGAUUUUUGAACUUCUUUGUCUUUAGUUUUAGCAUGGAGUAUAAACUAAAGUUGAUAGUGAUGGAUAAAGAUAGUGGGAAGUACUGUAUUGGCAUAGGAAAAUGUUCAUUACACAGACUUGCAUAUUGAGGGACCAUAUGUAGGGAAGAAAAAAUUGAUUAAGUUAUAUACACAAAUUGUGUAAAUAUUUAUAUAGUACCGUUAAUGCAUAAAAUUUAAAUUAAAAAAUAUUUUAGAUUAAUUGAAAAUGUUAGAAGAAGUGUA